AGGAUGCGGUGAUUUUCUUUAGGUGCUUACGAUAAUAAUGAAACAUGGACCCGUACCUACUGCUUUCCGUAGGUGGACUGGGAAAACAAGUAUCACGCAGCAUGACCUCAUCAUCCUCAUCGCCAAUUGUUCUGUUCAAACUGUAAACUCUGUCAUCCCGACGGGCUGCAUCUGACUUUGGGAUCUCACUUCGGUGCGUUGAGCGGCUGCUGGCGUCCUGACUUCUGCGCACAGCUGGAAGGAACAACUGCACAGGGAGAGAUGAGCAGCUCCAGAAAACGAUUGCUGGAGGAGGGGAAGGCAUCAGGAGAGAACAAGAAACAAAAAGGGCCACAUGGACCUCGUUAUGGCCUGCAUAAUCAGGGAAGCACAUGUUACCUCAACAGUGUUCUGCAAGUUCUCUUCAUGACUCCAGAGAUGCACAACAGUUUGGAUCCGAAACCAAAGACCACGGAUGGAGAGCUGAGAAACCUCUUCAGAAAUCUGACGGAGACAACAGGUAGAACAGAAAACAUCACUCGGUGUUUGGAGAUUAAAAACGUUCACCAGCAACGUGACGCUGCUGAGUGCCUGGAGAUGAUUUUAAGAAAGGUCAGCCCAAAGGCCUCUGAGGUUUUCCAAGGACAGCUGCAGUACACGACAAAGUGCUGCCGAGGCCACAGCAUCAACGAAGAGACAAAUCCAUUCUGGACUCUUCCUCUGUCAAUGAAAGACGCCCACGAUACGACCUACAGUGUGGAAGAAAACUUGGAAAGGAUUUUCCGCACAACAUCGUUCACUGGAGACAACAUGGUGUUCUGUGACGAGUGUGAAAGGAAGACCGACGCGACCAGUGGAUGUGAGAUGGUGGAAGCUCCUCAGGUUCUGAUAAUUCUCCUCAAGAGAUUUGACUUUGACUACAACACCAGGUCACAUUUUAAAUCAGACCGCCGUGUGGAUGUGCCGAUCGCACUACGGAUGAAGGAAAAGAAGUACAAACUGUACGGGAUAGUGAAUCACAUGGGUGGUCUCGGAGGGGGACAUUACACAGCCAACAUCCUGUCCAGUGAGGACAACACCUGGUAUGAGUGUGAUGACACUCGGGUCACCAAGUUGAGGGUUGAAGAUCAGCCAGGUUACAGGUCCAGCACUGCGUAUCUGCUCGUGUACAGAGCUUCAGGGAGUCUGAGAAACAAAGUGAAAGAACCACAGGAACACAAAAGAAAGUCGAGGGAACACGAAGGUCAUGAUAAAGAAAACAGACAAAAUCGAGAGAGUUCAGCACAGGUGAGGAAAGAGAGGAACAAAGAAGCACUCAACCAUCACAGUCAGGGAGAAGUGGUUGAUGCCAAACCUGAAAGGAAGGUUUCAAGCUACAGGAGGAGCACAGCGGAAGAAGAGUUUCCCAUCAGUCAAAAACAAAUCACAAGAUACUCGACUAAACAACACCCAGACACCUGGACGAGGACAGAGAACACGAGCGAGAGGAGAAAAAAUGAGGAAGGUGAGGCCUGCAAGGGUCCAUCUAAAAUCCUGAAGAAUCCUUUCUUCAUUGCCACCGUCGUUGUUGUUUGUGCGUUGGUCGUGAUUCUCCCCAUCAUUAUAACCAGUCUGAGCCCCUCUUGAUGUGAACCAGGAACUUGCUGUCAAGCUGAUAAUGAAAAGGUGUUAAUUCGACUUUCAGUACAAUAGCUGUUAAUGUUAUUAAUCACUUCUUAAUCUUUGGAUUCCGUCUACUGAAAUGUGUGAAAACCACAAGUGAUCAAUGCACACAAUAACUGCUGUGUAUGAAAAUGUGGCAUAAUAUCCUUCACCACAUUAAAUUGACUCCUGCUUCUCCAAUGUAAUUUAUAACAUCCAUAAUCUUUAUGUGAGCCUCGUUUCUGUGGAAGUCAUUCGUAUUUUGUUAUUUGAUGAUCUGUAUCAUGUCUCAGUGUGGUGCAAGAACCCAAAUGAUAAACAUUUUUAUCUUACCUGUUCAAUAAAACUAAAUAAAAUUGCGCUGUUUGUUUGUUUGAA